AUGGUAUGGGGUAAUGAAGUAAUCAAGAUGUGUUCUAGUGAUAUUGUUAUAUUUGCAGAGAAGUGGCAUGAAUUAAUCAAAAUGUCUUCUAGUGAUAUUGUUAUAUCUGUAGAGAAGGGGAAUGAAUUAAUCAAUAUGUCUUCUAGUGAUAUUGUUAUAUCUGUAGAGAAGGGGAAUGAAUUAAUCAAAAUGUCUUCUAGUGAUAAUGUUAUAUCUGUAGAGAAAUGUGAUAUUGUUAUAUUUGCAGAGAAGUGGCAUGAAUUAAUCAAAAUGUCAUCUAGUGAUAUUGUUAUAUCUGUAGAGAAGGGGAAUGAAUUAAUCAAAAUGUCUUCUAGUGAUAAUGUUAUAUCUGUAGAGAAGGGGAAUGAAUUAAUCAAAAUGUCUUCUAGUGAUAAUGUUAUAUCUGUAGAGAAGGGGAAUGAAGUAAUCAAAACGUCUUCUAGUGAUAUUGUUAUAUCUUUAGAGAAGGGGAAUGAAUUAAUCAAAAUGAAUUCUAGUGAUCUUGUUAUAUCUGUAGAGAUAUGUGAUAUUGUUAUAUUUGCAGAGAAGGGGAAUGAAUUAAUCAAUAUGUCUUCUAGUGAUAAUGUUAUAUUUGCAGAGAAGUGGCAUGAAUUAAUCAAAAUGUCUUCUAGUGAUAUUGUUAUAUCUGUAGAGAAGGGGAAUGAAUUAAUCAAUAUGUCUUCUAGUGAUAUUGUUAUAUCUGUAGAGAAAUGCGAUAUUGUUAUAUCUGUAGAGAAGGGGAAUGAAUUAAUCAAAAUGUCUUCUAGUGAUAUUGUUAUAUCUGUAGAGAAGGGGAAUGAAUUAAUCAAAAUGUCUUCUAGUGAUCUUGUUAAAUCUGUAGAGAAGGGGAAUGAAUUAAUCAAUAUGUCUUCUAGUGAUAUUUUUAUAUCUGUAGAGAAGGGGAAUGAAUUAAUCAAAACGUCUUCUAGUGAUAUUGUUGUAUCUGUAGAGAAAUGGUAUGAGUUAAUGAAGUAA